CAGAGAAUUAGCGGUUUUAAUCCAUGUUCUGGUUAUUUAAUCUCCACACAAUCAGACAGAUGUAACAAGCUGUUAACAGAUAGAUAAGCCUUGGUUCCAAAAAUAGCUAUGAGAUUCCACCUAAGUCGUGCCAUUCAUUGCUGUGUAUUCGUUUUGGUCUGCCUUCUUCUGUACAUCUUGUUCGGUAAAGGAACACAGAACACGGAAAGUACUGGUAUACAUAAACUUCACAUUAACCAGAAAAAUACACAAAUUGUGAAAAACUUUAUAGAAGAACAGAAUAUAUUCCCUAUUUCAGGAACUUAUAGUGACAUUGAUAAUCUUAAAGAUAAUUUCAUAUUAAAAUCGAGAUCGAAGUCUAAAUAUAAAGGGAAUUCCUACAUUAUGCUCCCUAGUAUCCAAAGAGAACAGAAAUUAGCCCAGUCCUUUGAUUCUAUUAUUAAGAAAGACAUUGUCUGGAACGAAAUAGGAAAUAUACACACUAUGAAGAAGUUUCCUGAAGAAAUUCGUCUUGAAGAUUCUAAAUAUUUCAAUCCAGAUAACACUUUGGCGAGAUUCGAAAGGCCUGUACCACCAAAUUUUGGAAAUAUUAAAACCGAGAGAAAUGGGAUAAUUGUGAAAUUGGGAAGUCAAAGUUUAAGUAACGUUAAAAAUGAAACUUCCUUAAGAAAAGGACUUGUCGCAAAUAUUGUACACUUUCAUAAUAAUAACAUCUUUAGGAACGGAAAUGCUUUCGGAUUUCCUAUUGAGGUUGAAACAAAAUAUCAAACUAUCAAACCGAAUCCGAAUCAUCAACCAACUAACCAAGUAUUAAAAUCAAAAUUUAUUCAGGAGAAGGUUCAGUAUAAACAACAGUCACCAGGUCUUGAGAUUUCUAUAAACAGCAACAAAUACCCUCCAGGGUUUAAAUAUAAAGGCAAUAGUGCACCCUCUAUAUCAGACAACAUUAAGUAUAGACCGAUAACCAGUAACAAAAAUAUUCCAAAUAAUGGACUUGGGAACCAAGUUCAAGUAAAGGCCCCAGUGCGAAACUACGGUCAUAUGAUCGUGGCAAAUAACAAACAGCUUCAGAAUUCAGUAAAAUCUAAGAAACAUGUAAUUGAAAUUUUUCCACGGAAAAACGAACCAAUUAGGAUACCUAUUUAUAUGGAACAUAAGGGAAACUUUUCCUACCAUCACGUUAAUCUGAUGUUAGAGGACGGCCAGAGAAAUCCCUUCCCUCCGCAGGUACUGGGAGGAAAACAGAAUGGAGUAAAUGAUUUUGUGCAACAAAAUAAAGAUGACGUUAAAUAUACUCUUAUCAUGACAUACAUGAGAAGUGGUUCCACAAUUACGUCAGAACUGUUGAAAACCAACAAUACAUUCUUUUUCUUUGAGCCAUUCCAGGGGCUUUAUAGGGACCACAGAACAAAUCAACACGUCUGUUACCCCCACGGAUAUUGCAGAAAACCAGAAGGAUUUUGGGAAACCGUAGAGGGUUCGGUUCGCAUCAUCAAAAGUCUUUUUUCUUGCAAAUUCCUGGACAUUCCUAUGGGUGCCAUCGAACCUUUAAGAAUGUUUGCACCAAGUAGCUAUCAAAAGGAAUUUAGAGACUGUUUUCCUAUAAAAAAGAUAGAAUGGGACAAAAGACAUUUUACUUUGUUAGAAUAUCCAGAAAAAUUUAAUAGAACAUGCAUACAAGCUCUUCAAGAUAAAUGUCUGAAUUCCAAGCAUCGUCUUAUAAAGACAAUACGAAUGCCAGCAACAUUUGCUGAAAGUUUUCUUGCAAAUAUUCCAAAUUUGAAAAUUGUUCACCUUGUAAGAGAUCCUCGAGGAGUGAUGAACUCAAGAGUACAAAUCAAUUUAGUAAAAUAUGAGGAAAAGGAAAUUGGAAUCGUUUCAAAUCAUUUAUGCAGUAGAAUCUGGCUAGACAUACAAGCAUUCAAAAGACUUCAAAGGAGUUAUCCAACACAAAUUAUCCCAUUCACCUAUGAUUGUCUCGCUUUGUAUCCAGAGGAUGUUGCCAGGAUGCUAUACAGAGCGUUAGACUUAGACUACACACCGGAGAAAAAUGCUUGGGUUGACAUGGCGUUUAGGAAUAACUUUGAACAAUCGUUUGGGCUUUUCAAACAUGGACAAUCUGCAAGACUUGCACAAAAGUGGCGAAUUAGUAUUCCUGUAAAAGCAAACGAAAAAGUGAAUACAAUGUGCGGAAAAGUGUUCGAAGAGUUAGGACUGAAAGUAUUUAAAAGUCCUGUAGACAUGAGAAAUUUGAAAAAUCCGGUCUUUCAUGAUGCAAGAGUAACAUGUCUCAAUAGACAAUGAUUUAAAAUGUCUUGUAAAUAAAAUGUACUUAAUAUAAAAUUAAUUGCCUCUAAACUGAUAAGAUAUUACAAAAUAAUUUAAUAAAAUGAAUAAUUUUGAAUUUAUGCAAUGUUAAAAGCCAAAAAUAAGGGCAAUUUUCCUUCGAAUGUCUCAUUAUAUAGGGUAACCUUUCUUAACAAGUUAAGCCUAUUUUUAUGUUAUUUGAAUUUUCAAGAUGGUAUAGUAUUAGCUUCCAAAAUCUUGAUUCGGUGUGUCCCGUUGAACUCUAAGUGAAAGACUUCGACGUAUAGUUGUACAGAAUGAAAGACAUUGAUGGUA